AUGACUUCCAGACUAGAUCGCUUGGUCACGCUCCUGGAAACAGGAAGUACGCAGCUGAUCCGGAACACGGCCGCCCAGCAGUUGGCAGAUGUCCAGAAGCAGCACCCCGAUGAGCUGUUCAACCUGCUGGGGCGUAUUGUCCCCUAUCUACGGUCCAAGUCGUGGGACACGCGGACGGCCGCCGCCCGCGCCAUGGGGCUGAUCGUGGCCAACGCGGAGCUGUAUGACCCGAACGAGGAGGAUGGCGAGCUGAUCAAGAAGCCGGAGGAUACAGAGGAUGAGGGUGGCGACGACGACAUGGACAUCAAACCGGAGGAGCCGCAGCCGCUGGCGCCCGAGGACUCGCUCCGAUUAGAUACGCUCGACCUUACCGCCGUCCUGAAGCAUGGCAAGAAGCUGCUCGGCAGUGCAGGCAAGGAGCAUGAGUACUCGCUGGCCGCCAUGGACCCGACGGCGAGACUGCAGCUGCAGAAGAAAACCCUCUACCCUCGCUUGGGUCUGGCGCUGAAUUACCUCGAUGACGAGCCAUCGGCCGACGCCGAGCCCGUCCUGAAGCUCUCACUCCCCCCCCCCGCCCCUGAAGAGUCCUUGCCCUCGGUUUUGGUGCGGGAUAAAGCCUUGCGUGCCCCCCCGGCAGGCGUCAUGUCGCCGAGUGAACCACACCCCAACAACGGGGAGGAGGCGGGUCUCAGUAAGCGACAGCUCAAUCAGCUCAAGCGCAAGAAUAAGCAGCACGCCAAAUUAGGCGCCAGCAAAGUCCGCGUGGUCGACUUGUCGUCUUCCUCGCGCCGUCCCUCAGAGAUGGUGGCUGCCUCGCCCUCGAUAGCGACACCGCACCCGGUCAAGACGGAGGAAAACGGCGAAGAAGCCAACGGCGACACCAAACCGGAUUAUUUUUCGCUCGACCGCUCGGGGGGCGACGAUGACUCCAAGAUCGUGUCCGAGUUCAAGGGCCCCAUCGCCCCCGAGAAGCCCAUCAUCCAACCGGAGGUCGAUGAGCACGGACUCUGCUGGCCGUACGAACACAUGUGCGAGUUCCUGCAGGUCGAUCUGUUCGAUCCCAACUGGGAGAUCCGUCACGGCGCCGCCAUGGCCCUGCGCGAGGUCAUCCGCGUCCAAGGCGCCGGAGCCGGUCGUCUCCAGGGCAAGAGCCGAGCCGAGAACAACGCUCUCAAUCGCAAGUGGCUCGACGACCUCGCCUGUCGAUUGCUCUGCGUCUUCAUGCUCGAUCGCUUCGGCGACUACAUCUCCGACAACGUCGUGGCCCCCAUCCGCGAGACGGUGGGUCAGACCUUGGGUGCCCUGCUGUCCCAUCUACCCUCGAGAUCCGUCAUUUCGGUCUAUCGCAUCCUCCACCGCAUCAUCAUGCAAGCGGAUCUGGCCCUGGAUCGUCCAGUCUGGGAGGUCUGUCACGGUGGCAUGAUUGGGCUGCGCUACCUGGUCGCCGUUCGCAAAGACCUCCUCAUCAAGGACACGAAGCUCAUGGACGGCGUCCUGGAAGCCGUCAUGAAGGGUUUGGGCGACUACGAUGACGAUGUCCGUGCCGUCAGUGCGGCAACCCUCAUCCCCAUCGCCGAGGAGUUUGUCACUUCGCGCCAGGGUACCCUCAGUCUCCUGAUGAAUAUCGUGUGGGACUGCCUCUCGAACCUGCAAGAUGACCUGAGCGCGAGUACCGGGUCCGUCAUGGAUCUCCUCGCCAAGCUGUGCACAUUCCAAGAGGUCCUCGAUGCCAUGAAGGCCAAUGCGGCCCAUGAUCCCGAGUCCUCCUUUGAGAAGCUGGUCCCCCGUCUCUAUCCCUUCCUGCGACACACCAUCACCAGCGUCCGCUCCGCCGUUCUCCGCGCCCUCAUGACCUUCUUGCAACUGGAAGGCGAAGGCACGAACCAUUGGGUCGAUGGGAAGGCCAUGCGUCUGAUCUUUCAGAACUUGCUGGUCGAGCGCAACGAGGGCGUACUCAAGUUGUCUCUCCAGGUUUGGGCGGAAUUGCUCAAAGGCCUGCAGCAGCGUCGUUUCUUCCAGUCGGAAGCGGAAUUCUCAACCCAGAUCCAACCCCUCGUCGCAUUGAGUCUGGGCCCGUUUGGUGUCCCCAGGUACCCGAUCCCCAUGAAUGCCUCGCUUUUCAUCAAACCAUCCGGCGUUCCCUACUCGCAGGCGACCGCUGCUCCAGCCCGGUCCUCCCCAGCGGCCGCUGCUGGCCCCGAACCGGUCAAGGGGCGUCGGCGCAAGUCUGAAAAGAAGGAGGCGCCAGCUUCUCCUUCAUCACAUAAUGUGGACGGCCAUAUGCUCCAGGGUGACAUCGAUCUUGUAGGUGCCGAUACGAUGCUCCGGUCCAAGAUCUACGCCGCGAAGGCCUUGGGUCAGCUGUUGGCCGUUUGGGAUCGGCAUGACCUGCCCAGUAUGUGGGACUCCAUCGUCGAGGGACUCCGGUUCCCGGCAUCCACUUCCCAGCUGUCGGCCACCAUGGUGGUGGAAGAGUACGCCAAAAUAUCGGGUCCGGAGAGCAAGUACGUUGCGUCUCUGUGUGACCGUCUGCGGCCCAUCAUCGAGUCCGACCGGCCGGCCUGGUACAGUGACGUGGCCUGUUACCUCCAUGUUGCUCGCGCACAGUGUCACUCUCUGCUCAACACCUUCCGAGACCAUGCUCAUGUGCCCGGCUCCCGGUUGCCGGUUCUGGCCGUGGUUGUCCAGGGUGACCCGGAAGCUGGUCCCAACGCCUUCUCCCUGGCCGAUGCCGAAAAGGUGAUCGGUGCGGACUUUGAACGGUUGAAGAAGAGCUUGACGCCGGCCCAGCGCAUCACUGCCAUCCAGGUCUUGAAGGAUACGCGCGCCACUGCGGAAUCGGCAAUCGAGGAAGCCAAGAACAUCCGCGAGCAACGGGACAUGCGCAUUCGAGCCGCAGCCGCGGGAGCCCUCGUUGCUCUGCAGGACAUUCCCAAGAAGCCCGGCCAUAUCAUCAAGGGCAUGAUGGAUAGCAUCAAGAAGGAAGAGAACGUCGAGCUACAGCAGCGCUCCGCCACUGCGGUCGCCUCCCUGGUGGCUUACUACACCACCGCCGCCAAACGUGGCCCGGUGGACAAGAUCAUCGGCAACCUGGUGAAAUACUGCUGCGUGGACACGUCCGAAACCCCCGAGUUUCACCACAAUGUCAGUCUCGAGAAAUCAAUCCUGUCCCUACGCAAGGAAGAAGAUCGACGUGACCACCCGGAUGCCGCCAAGUUUGAACGGGAGGCCAAAGAAGCCCGAAUCAUGCGCAGAGGCGCAAAGGAUGCCCUCGAGCAACUGGCGGUCCGCUUCGGUGCGGAGCUGCUGGAUAAGGUCCCCAACCUGGCGAGCCUGAUCGAACGACCCCUGCGCGACGCACUCACCGGCGAUCUGCCGACGAGUAUCUACGACCCAGAGAAUGAGCUUGGCCAGGAGAUCGUGGAUGGACUCUCGACGCUGCGUGCCCUGUUGCCCCGGUUUCACUCUGGUCUCUAUCCAUGGGUGAUCAACCUCAUGCCCAUCAUCGCCAAAGCGCUGCAGUGUCAACUGUCGGUCAUCCGAUAUGCGGCUGCCAAGUGCUUCGCCACGCUCUGUAGCGUCAUCUCGGUGGAAGGUAUGACGAUGCUGGUCGAAAAGGUUCUCCCGACCAUCAACAAUGCCCUGGACGUCCAUCACCGCCAGGGAGCAAUCGAGUGCAUCUACCAUCUCAUCCACGUGAUGGAGGAUGGCAUACUACCCUAUGUGAUUUUCCUGGUCGUCCCCGUGCUCGGACGGAUGAGUGAUUCAGACAAUGAUAUCCGCCUCCUCGCCACGACUUCCUUUGCCACUCUCGUCAAGCUCGUGCCUCUUGAGGCCGGCAUUCCCGACCCCCCGGGCCUCUCGGAGGAGUUGCUCAAGGGUCGAGACCGGGAACGAAAGUUCAUGUCGCAGAUGCUCGACGCCCGGAAGGUGGAGGCGUUUGACAUCCCCGUCACCAUCAAGGCGGAGCUCCGUCCGUACCAGCAGGAUGGGGUCAACUGGCUGGCCUUCCUCAACCGAUACAACCUGCACGGCAUUCUUUGUGAUGACAUGGGUCUCGGGAAGACUCUACAGACCAUCUGCAUCGUGGCAAGCGACCAUCACAUUCGAGCCGAGGAGUUUGCCAAAUCUCAAGCUCCCGAGGUCAGGAAGCUCCCGUCUCUCAUUGUCUGCCCGCCCUCCCUGUCGGGUCAUUGGGAGCAAGAGAUCAAGCAGUACGCCCCCUUCCUCUCUUGUGUCACCUACGUCGGACCCCCCGCCGAACGCUCCGCCAAGCAGGCGAGACUGGAGAGUGCUGAUAUCGUCAUCACCUCGUACGAUAUCUGUCGCAACGAUGCCGCUGUCCUGAGCCCGAUCAGCUGGAACUACUGCGUGCUGGACGAAGGCCACCUCAUCAAGAACCCCAAGGCCAAGAUCACCAUGGCCGUGAAGCGCCUGGUGAGCAAUCAUCGGUUGAUCCUGUCGGGAACUCCGAUCCAGAACAACGUGCUGGAGCUGUGGUCGCUCUUCGAUUUCCUCAUGCCCGGUUUCCUCGGGACGGAGAAGGUCUUCCUCGAUCGGUUCGCCAAACCGAUCGCCGCCAGCCGGUUUAGCAAGUCGUCCUCCAAGGAACAGGAGGCCGGGGCGUUGGCCAUUGAGGCCCUCCACAAACAGGUGCUCCCCUUCCUGCUGCGCCGUCUCAAGGAAGAAGUCUUGAACGAUCUGCCGCCAAAGAUCAUCCAGAACUAUUACUGCGAUCCGAGCGAGCUGCAGAAGAAGCUCUUUGAAGACUUCACCAAGAAGGAACAGAAGGAGCUGGCAGAAAAGGUGGGCAGCACCGAAAAGUCCGACAAGGAGCACAUCUUCCAGGCGCUGCAGUAUAUGCGCCGGCUGUGCAACUCCCCCGCCCUGGUCGUCAAGGAGGGCCACAAGCAGUAUAACGAGGUGCAGACGUACCUGCACAACAAACAGUCGAAUAUCCGCGACGUGUCGCAUGCGCCCAAACUGACGGCGCUCCGCGACCUGCUUCUCGACUGCGGCAUUGGCGCCGAUCGCUCGGCGGAGGGCGAGCUGGACACGGGCGCCAGCUACGUCAGCCCGCAUCGCGCCCUGGUCUUCUGCCAGAUGAAGGAGAUGCUGGACAUCGUACAGAAUGAUGUGCUCAAGAAGCUUCUCCCCUCGGUGCAGUACCUCCGGCUCGACGGCAGCGUGGAAGCCACUCGUCGCCAAGACAUCGUCAACAGAUUCAACACCGACCCCAGCUACGAUGUCCUCCUCCUGACUACCAGUGUGGGUGGGUUGGGGCUGAACCUCACGGGUGCAGACACCGUCAUCUUUGUCGAACACGACUGGAACCCGCAGAAGGACAUCCAGGCCAUGGAUCGCGCGCAUCGAAUCGGUCAGAAGAAGGUUGUCAACGUCUACCGGUUGAUCACUCGGGGAACGCUGGAGGAGAAGAUCUUAAAUCUACAACGGUUCAAGAUCGACGUUGCCUCCACGGUGGUCAAUCAGCAGAACGCCGGCCUCGGCACCAUGGACACCGACCAGCUUCUGGAUCUCUUCAACCUGGGCGAGACGGCCGAAGGGGCAGAGAAACCCACCGACCACGUCGCCGGCAACGAGGUCGACAUGGUCGACAUUGACGGCGAGGUCAAAGAAAAGGGCAAGAAGGGCUGGCUCGAUGAUCUCGGCGAGCUCUGGGACGACCGGCAGUACCAGGAGGAGUAUAACCUCGACUCUUUCCUGGAAUCCAUGAAGGGAUAA